CGCGACGCGGAGGGCCCGGCCGCAGGGAGCCGGCGCGGGCGCCUCGCGAUGCGGGAGCACGCGGCGGGCCUCGUUUCGCCGGCGGCCGCCUCCUGUUGCGAGGUGCCGAGGUGCUGCGAGCGCCCCUCGCGGGCGGCCGGUUGGGCCCGCACCGCGUGGUCACUCUGGCGGAGGGCCACUCCAGGUCGGGCAGGCGAACGCGCCGCAGCGCAGCGCGGGGAGCACGCGCCGUGCGAGGCGCCGCGCGGCGAGGCCGGGCUCGUGGCAGGCGGCGAGCACCACCUGGUGGCGGCGGAGAGCAGGCGGGCCUCCUGCCCGCGCGCGCGGACAGCGGCGGGCACGAGGGCGCCGCCCUGCGGCCCGGCGGGCGCGCGGGCUGCCCGACGUGGCCCGCGUGCGCGGCCGCGCUCGUCGCCGAUCUCCUGCUCGACGCGUUGCCGUCGUCCCGCCUCGCGGCGGCCGUGCUCGCGGCGGCGGCCUCGCUGGGCCUCGGCGGGGUCCGCGCGCAGGGGUCCAGAGAGGCGGGCCGCCUCCUCUCGCUGCAGCGCGACCUCGUGCAGUUCCACUGGGUGCACGACAUGGCCCGCUGCGUCGGCGUGGGCGGCGGGCCGGAGGGGGCCAGGAGAGGUGCCAGUCUCGUGCUCACCAGCUGCGCGGAGGCGCCGCUGGUGUUCACGAUGCCCGGGUUGGAGGACAAGUUCAUCCGAGUGGCCGGGAGGCCAGACCUUUGCGUGCAUAGUCCUUUGGAGACGCCGAAGCUGCGCUUGUGGAACUGCAGCGAGUAUUUGAACAUGCAGUUUAUCUUGCAGGCAUCCCCCGGGAACCGUACCAGGGGGUCCAUCCGUGGGCUCUGGAAUUCGACCAUGUGCAUGGGCGCCUUGCAGGACAGGGUGGGUGAGCCGAUGGAGAUGCACGAGUGCACGAACAGCACGACCGACUUCUUCAUGAUGAAUCUCGUGCUCGAGGGGUCCCUUCUGGGCGCAGCGCUGGACCCGGACAGCGAAGUGCAGGCAGAUGCUGGAGGGGCCGGCCCAGGGUUGAGGCUCAGAUCCGGGGUCGCCAAGGCCAAAGCUGCGAUCGACGAGGCUGAGGCCCUGGCGGUGUCGAUCUUGACGCAGGCGGCCAGCGGCGCCACGCAGGCGGUGACGAACGCCACGGAGGUCGUCGAGGCUUCUCUGAGGGAAGCGGGGGCGAUGUCGGCCGGGGCGUCAGCGAUCCUCCAGAAUGAGCUCAACAGGACAGGGGAGGCCGUGAGGAAUUGGGUGCGGUGGCACUGA